AUGUGCUUCACCGAGCAAUAUGCUGUGAUCCCAGAGGGUUGCUUGGCCUCAAACAAGCACACCCACUUGGUCAAGGAGACCACCCCCUGCGCCGCCGCCAUUUUCCUCUCCAUGAUCCGCAACAAAGAGGCGGGGGGCGACUUAGCCCAACUGUACAUCACCCUUUGCGACGAAAAAGAGUGGGUAAAGGUCGACGGUUUUCACCGUAAGCUGGAGACCCGAGCCCUGCAGACCGAGGCCCCGUACUGCCCGGUCUGUACGGGUGAAAAGACCCUCACUCAGGCCUUGACUGCAGCGGAUGAUGAGAGCACCGACUAUGCCAUCCUCCCAAAUGGCACUAUCCUCUACAACACCGACGACACCUCCCACCUCCGAUCCUACCUCCAACACCGAAUUUUCAGCACGGAAGACAAACUCGAGUUUGAUUCUCUCCGUCUCAAGAAAAGACCGAAUGACAAGUUGCGCUAUAUCCCAUCGCGUGACUUUGUCCCUACCAAACUCUGGGGUGAUCCGGAGAAUACCCGAAAGCUCAAGAUCUCUGUGGCCAUCUUCUUGAAGGUCUGUCAUGCGACGGAGAAGGAGCUUGAAGAGGCUGGGGAUCUUGAGAGUUGGUUGGUGGCUAACUGGGGCAAAGAGUGA